UCCAAACCAGACAAAACCCUACCAUUAAUUGCUUUCUCUAAACCCUAAUUUUCAAAAUCCUGUGUCUAUCCAUCUCUUCUAUUAUACCCUUUUAGCCACUCAGCCUUCUCCUUCAUCUUCCCGCCUCCUAAUCCUCUCCCUCAAAUAUUCAGACCCUCUAUGUAAGGAGAAAGGGCAAAGGAGCUGCUGUGAAAUGCUUUUUAGGGAUGCAGAAGCUGCUGCAGAAGAACCCUUCAAGCUCCCUCCUUUGUACUUCUGCUACUACUAGUUUUCUCUCUUUGUCUUGUAAAGAGAAACCCAGAAACUGUUUAUACUUUAAUAGCAAUAGAAUCCCUUCUCUUUUUCUGACUUUGAAGCCGUAUACUUCUCUCUCAAUGCCAAUUGCCACAGUUGGUGGAGGCGGCGGCUCUUCUCUUGCCGCUUGUGUGGCCAGAAAGGCCAUUGUCAGACCCACUCUCCCUUCUCGAUUUUCUUCAAAUAGUUACAGUGGCUGCCGCUGUGCAAGUGACAAUAGAACAAUAAAAACUCCUUUGCGGGCUUGGGUUGUGGCCCGGCCCGCAUGGAACCACACAGCGGCUGGGGCAGGGCCAGAGGGAAAUGUGACUACUGCUGCAGCGGCGGCAGUUGAAGGAGGUAAGGGUUGUGAUGGAGGAAACAGUGAGAAAAGAGGAAAAAAUGAAAAGACUUCUGAGGAAAAGACGGGAAGGAUGAAUAGGCGGCAGAGGGGGUCGAGUGAGGUGGUGGGUAACGCUGAUUUGUUGACAAUUCCAGGUGUGGGGCCGAAGAAUUUGAGGAAGCUGGUGGAGAAAGGGUUACGGGGAGUGGCAGAGCUCAAGCAACUGUACAAGGAUAAGUUUCUGGGGAAGGCUAAUGAGACAAUGGUUGAGUAUUUACAGAGUUCUGUAGGAAUUAUCCAUAAAAAUCAUGCUGAGAGCAUAACAACUUUCGUCAAAGAAAGUGUGGAUGAAGAGUUAAACGAUAUAAACACAGAUGUGAAAGCUGCAUUGAAGAAGCGAAUCACAUUUUGUGUAGAGGGAAAUAUUAGUGUUGGGAAGACAACAUUUCUUCACAGAAUAGUUAGUGAUACAAUUGAGCUUCGUGACCUUGUUGAAGUGGUGCCAGAACCCAUUGAUAAGUGGCAGAAUAUUGGUCCUGACCACUUCAAUAUACUUGAUGCAUUCUAUGCUGAACCACAAAGGUAUGCCUAUACCUUUCAGAACUAUGUGUUUGUCACACGGGUGAUGCAAGAGAAAGAGUCAUCUGCUGGAGUGAAACCACUCAGGUUGAUGGAGAGGAGUGUUUUCAGUGACAGAAUGGUCUUUGUACGAGCUGUGCAUGAAGCAAAGUGGAUGAAUGAGAUGGAGAUCAACAUUUAUGACUCAUGGUUUGAUCCCGUUGUCUCAGUUUUGCCUGGGCUUAUACCUGAUGGUUUUAUUUAUCUUAGGGCAAGCCCUGAUACUUGCCACAAGAGAAUGAAGCUACGGAAAAGAGCAGAAGAAGGUGGUGUCAGCCUAGAUUAUCUCCGUGACUUGCAUGAAAAGCAUGAGAGCUGGCUUUUCCCUUUCCAAAGUGGUAACCAUGGAGUGUUAUCUGUCAGUAAGCCACCCCUACAGCUGGAUAAUGCUUUGCAUCCUGAGAUAAGAGAUCGUGUGUUUUAUUUGGAAGGUGACCAUAUGCAUUCAAGUAUUCAAAAGGUGCCUGCUUUGGUUCUUGACUGUGAAGCCAACAUUGAUUUUAGCAGAGACAUUGAAGCAAAGGAGCACUAUGCACGCCAAGUUGCGGAGUUCUUUAAAUAUGUGAAAAACAGGAAAGAAGUUUCACCCUCAAAACCUGGUGAAGGUGGAAUGAGCAACCGACAGGUCUUGCUGCCACAUGAAGGCGGAUUGUUUUUACCAAGCCAAAAGCACUUCCCAGAAUCUGCUCUCAGAUCUUUAGAUUUUAGGCGAACAAUGUCAUUCAUGUCCGGUCAGUGAUUGUUUGUCUGGCUGCCUUUUUUCCGACUGCACGAUUGCAAAGUGUUAUGUUUUGUCUGAUAAAUCUGCAGGUGUGAUGUGUUUAGUUACCCUGUGCAUGUAAAAAUGUUAACCCCUAGGCUUUAGAGAUGUAGAGAUGUUGAGACGUUGAAUGCUUUGGCAACCUAAUGUUUGAUAGUUGAAGCUUUAUUUCUGCUGAAAA